CCUUCUGCGUCAGUCGCUCUCCGUAUGCCGUAUUGGGAGGAUCGCGUUACAUAGUGCUGCUGUGAGAAUAAAGUGAAUAAUAGUGAACAAAUAAAGAAAAAGAUUUAAAGAGAACAGAUCCACGAACAAUCGUAUUAAAUAGUCUUUGCUCUUAACAAAGAAUUAUUCGCACUGGGCCUAUUCGCGUUUAAUAAUGAGGGACAUGGCGGGUAAAAUCGCCGAAUUAAAGUUCGAAGCUCCGUUGGCACGCUUUGAGGAGGAAGACACGGCUAGUUUCAAGAACCUGAAUCUGCUGACAGAACAAUUGCUGGAUGCAAAUCUAGAGGCUAAUUUCGGGGAGAAUUGCAACGCCAACGAGCCCUCGAACAAUCACGAAAAUGGGACUGACAUACUUCAAGAAGGGACUUUCAGUCCUUUUAGUGGAAGCCUGGAGGACCUCGUCAACACCUUCGACGAGAAGAUAACCUCCUGCUUUCGCGAUUACGGCACCGAUGUCGAGUCCUUGGCCCCAGUGCAGGUCCGUACGCAAGAGGAAAUAAUGAACGAGUGUCAGAUGUGGUGGACGAUAACUGGAAACUUUGGUAACAUCCUCCCAAUUGACUGGACCAAGUCCUAUGCGAGAAAAUGUCACAUGCCAGCACUGAAUCUGAACGAAGGACAAGGUUUUCUUGAAAGACCAGAACUGGAAGAUCUCAGUAGCGAGGACGAGGCAGUAGCUACUGAUCUGGAUAUGCAUGCCUUGAUUCUGUCCAGUAGCACCGACACCCACAGCCCUGAAGAACCUUUGAAGACAGCAGAGGAAGUUCUUCGCGAAAUCGACGAUAUCAUGCAGGAGAGUCCGUCCAUGGAAAGGUCCCCAGACUCUGAGGGUUCAAUGCUCGACACUGACGAGAGACUGGAGAGGAGUAAGGAAGUCCUUGGUUCACCCCUUUACGAAGACAAAUUGCGGCAGCUCAGUUCUGGACAGCUAACCGAAUUACUUGGAGAGAUGGAAUCCUUGGUUGGCGCAUUGAGCGAGACUCUCAUUGCUGAGCUUGCAUUGAGGGACGAGCUGGAAUUUGAGAAGGAACUGAAAAAUCAAUUUAUCUCGCUGCUACUGGCAGUGCAGAAUCGACGAAGACAACAUCAUGUCACGAAGAAGAGGAGCCAGAUGCAAAAUGGUACUAGUCCAUUGCCACAGCAUAGGUCUAUACAAGAUUCGAAGUACCUAACAACUGUUAUACCUUAUCACAUGGACAGCGGUACCCCGGACAAUCAGGCUCUACAGGUUCUUAUAAAGAUAUUGAAAGCUAUCAACGACGAUAGCCCCACUGUGCCCACGUUGUUGACUGAUUACAUACUCAAAGUACUCUGCCCCACCUAGUGAGGAUCUCCUGUAUUCUGCCUUUGUCCAAGCGUUAUUUAAACACGAAACAGCAGCGGGAUAUUAUACGAAGGACGUAAAAUCGCUCUCUCCUAUUCUUGCCAAUGCGCUUUCAGUCAUCGUUGUGCAGCAUAUUACAAAGUUAGAAUAACGAUCGAUCAUGCUUCUGAACCACACACUCGAGUAUAGCACGCUCGACUCUACACGAAACCACAUGCUGACACACUUUACACGAGGGUGAAGGAGAAAAGAGGAAACUUGUAUUCGCCGUUGGAUUAUAUAAGAUGCCCAAUACUCUCUUCUAGUCUUAAUUUAUACAUUUGCUGCGUGUGCAUUCUUCUUUCUAGGAUGGCUCACACUUUUUAUUUGUGCAUUUUCAUACGCCUUAAGCGCGCACCGCCAUGCUAUUGAUAUUUUUCGUAAUAAUUUCUCAUAUUAUUCCUUAUCAUGUCCAUCCUUAUCAUUGUGACUCGCUACUCGCGAGUCAUUCGUAUAAUUUAAACGUAUUUCUUAAUUGUACUUUCCUUUUGUAAUUUUUUGUAUAUACUACUAUCUCUCAAGAUAUCACAGUCUUAUCGAGUUUUGAUGAGCUAUAUCAUUGAUGUAUCUUCUUGAAGUUAUUAUUCUAGAUACAUGAUACGUAUAAGCAGCUAUCGAUAGGGUUAGUUUCUAUACGGGAGCGCAUACAGGUUUAUUAUAUUAGUGUAAAUUAUUGUAACGCCUGUGUAUUUAGAAAUAAUUUAUUGAAAAUGACGUCACGUGCAAAUAAUAAAAGUUGCGAAAGCCAAUAAUGUU